AGAAAAACAAAAAACAACAUACUUUUUUAAAAUUUUCGUUACAAUGAAAACACUUUUUAUCAUUCUAUCAUUGCUUUUAGAUGAUGGUGUUUAUUCCAAUUCCAUAGGACAAGUUCGAGAAUUUUUGUGUAUUGAUGGAACGAAAAUUGAUUUAAUGAGAGUCUGUGAUGGAAUCGUGGAUUGUCCAGAUUCUUCAGAUGAAACAAGGAAAUUAUGUCAUCACGUUGUAUGUCCUUUGUCUUCAUAUAGAUGUGAUUACGGUGCUUGUAUAGAAAAAUCACUUCGCUGCAAUGGUUUUCAAGACUGCAUCGAUGAAAGCGAUGAAUUUCAUUGUGAUAUCAAAGAACCGUGCUCAAAUCACGGGUAUCGCUGUUUUCAUUCACUUGAGUGUAUUUCUCUGUCAAAAACUUGUGAUGGUUAUCUCGAUUGUGCUGAUGGUAGUGAUGAAAGCACUGGAAUUUGUGCAAGUUUUCCAUGUCCAGGUUCCACAUUUCAGUGUAAUUAUGGUGGUUGUAUUCAUUUAGAAACAAUUUGCGAUGGUACGUAUGAUUGUAUUGAUGCGAGUGAUGAAGAUAUUUCAAUGUGUACUGCAAUAAAUUGUGGUGAUAAAUGUUUUGCUUACAAAUGCAAGGAACAUGAAUUUACUUGUAAAAGCGAAGGUCAGUGUGUAGAUUCAUCACGAGUUUGUGAUGGAAUUAUUCAAUGUCGAGAUGCCUCGGAUGAAGAUAUUGAAACCUGUUCAUUGAGACAAUGUGCUGAUGGAUUUUUUCGAUGCAAAUAUGGUGCUUGUAUACCAGAAAAAUUAAAAUGUAACUCUGAGCGAAAUUGUCAUGAUUGGAGUGAUGAAGAUGAGUCGAUUUGUGGAAUUGCAUUGCCAAAUGGAGCUUGCCGUUUACCAUCAGUAAAACCAGGAACACAUUAUUCCGUCUUUCAAUGUCCACAUUGUCAACCUGGCGAUGUUGUUCCAGAACUAACACGUUUAGAUUUUUUUUGUGAUAGUAAAGUGAAUAAGUUUUUGGAAGGCUUGUCAAACGUUUUUUGUCAGAAUAAUCAAUGGUUGCCAUAUGUUACAAGCUGCUAUACUGAUUCUGAAUUUAUUACUUGUGUUCCUCUGAACUCGCGUGGUGCUCGACAACGUUGUGAAGUACUUUGGGGACCACAUGAAGGCUGGAUUAAUUGCAAUGGAUCAAUACCUGUUGGUACUCAUGUGACACUAGAAUGUCCAGAAUUUUAUGAACGUGAGUCUGGUUCUUAUCACAGUACUUGUCUUCAUGAUGGGACUUGGAGUCAAUUUCCAUUACAAUGUCAACCAAUUUGUGGUCUUCGUGAAACUUCAGCUUUGCCUCUCAUUGUAAAAGGCUGGGAAAUAUCACCAGAAGAGCCACUACCCUGGCAUGCAACGUUAUUCUCUCAUGAUGAUGGUCAAUGGAUUUUUUUUUGUGGUGGAACUUUGAUUAGUGAGCGCAUUGUGUUAACAGCUGGUCACUGUGUCUGGAAAACAGAUCCAAAAACAAUUCGUGUGAUUCUUGGUGGUUUUUCGAGUAACUUUAGUCUUGACAAAGAAGAUAAGGAGACACAAGUUUUUGACAUUUUUAAUAUCAAGCUACACAGAUCUUAUCAUGAUCACGAGGGGAAUUAUGGGUCAGAUCUUGCUGCAUUGAUUCUCAAUGGAUCUGCUAUCAUGUCUUCCAGAGUAAAACCUGUUUGUCUUAAUUGGUCAGCUGACUUAAAUGUUUCUCUACGAGAAAAUGGUGAAAUCGGUCUCGUUGCGGGAAUGGGGAUUACUGAAAAUGAUACAUUUAGUAAACACCUUAGAGUGACAACUGUGAAAUUGAUUGACGAAAAUGAGUGUCGCGAGAGUCAAAAAAGAGAUUUUCGUAGAUAUUUAACAUACACAACUUUUUGUGCUGGAUGGAAUAACGGAACUGCUGUUUGUAAUGGUGAUAGUGGUGGUGGAUUGGCUCUUCGGAGACCAAAUACAACAAUUUGGGAUCUCCAUGGAGUUGUUUCCAUUAGUCCUCGAAGAAUUGGAACUAGUAUUUGUGAUCCACAAUACUAUACAGUUUUUACAAAGAUAUUGAUUUACAGUGAUUGGAUCGAUAAUAUUUUAAAAGAAAUUCAAGUUGUUGGACCACCUGAUUUGCAACAAAUCCCUAAUCGAGAUGCUAUUAUAUAAAGCAUGAGGAAUUCUUAAGUUACAUUUUAUAUUUUCAAAAUAGCAUAUUUUGUAAAAUUCUGUGAUAGACGAGGGGUUAUAUAUAAGGCGAGAUAGAGUGACACCAUUACUUUAAAAAGUAGUCGACUACACGAUCGUCGACUGUCUACACUUUACACUGACUAUGACCUCGACUACAAUCAAUAGUAGUCAACUUCAAACAAGAAAAAGAUCUGGUAACGUUUGUUGGGGCGUGUGGCCCGCGUUACCGUUGAAAAUUAAAAAUUUUCAAUACUCCGGCUAGGGCCGUGUUAAAUUUUAUCUUUUAAAUGGUUUUUAAAAGUAACAAUACAAUAAUAGUACAUUUUUUUUUAUUUUUCUGAAAAUCGAUUUUUUUUUUUUUUUCGUUCAAGUUAAGGCAAGCUAUAACUUCUGUUAGAAUCAACGGAAUGACUUCAUAUUAG